GACCUAAAUGUCAAAGAUCUCAUCGGUACUUAUCGACCUCAGCGGAACUAUCCAUAUUGAAGAGUUUGCUAUCCCUGGAGCACAGACGGCUCUUGAACUUUUACGGCAACAUGCGAAAGUGAAAUUUGUUACCAAUACUACCAAAGAAUCAAAACGGCUACUGCACCAACGUCUGAUCAAUUGCGGAUUCAAGGUUGAAAAAGAAGAGAUUUUUACGAGUCUUACUGCUGCUCGUGAUCUUAUCGUUAAGAAUCAGUACCGUCCUUUUUUCAUUGUAGAUGACCGAGCAAUGGAAGAUUUUGAAGGAAUAUCAACUGACGAUCCAAAUGCAGUUGUUAUCGGUCUGGCGCCUGAGAAGUUUAACGAUACGACAUUGACUCACGCGUUUAGGCUCAUCAAAGAGAAAAAAGCUUCACUUAUUGCCAUCAACAAGGGUAGAUAUCACCAGACAAAUGCGGGUCUCUGCCUGGGCCCCGGUACGUACGUUGCGGGAUUGGAAUACUCCGCUGGUGUUGAGGCAACAAUUGUCGGAAAGCCAAACAAGCUGUUCUUUGAAUCUGCUCUUCAAUCUCUGAAUGAAAACGUUGAUUUUUCGUCAGCUGUUAUGAUUGGUGAUGAUGUGAACGAUGAUGCACUGGGUGCAAUAAAAAUAGGAAUGAGAGCGAUUCUUGUCAAAACUGGAAAGUUUAGAGAUGGAGACGAACUGAAAGUCAAAAACGUGGCCAAUUCUUUUGUUGACGCCGUUAACAUGAUCAUCGAAAAUAAAGUAGAAAAUGGCUAGAGAUUCUUGUAAUUAUUUUUAUUGUCGAUUUAAGAGUGCUACAAUAAUACAUAUCCCCCACGUCGUUGUGUUUUGAACGUGUUUUCCUUUCAAAUAUUUGUCCCUUUUUUAUGAAAAUUUGUAAUUU